UCCGAACGAGGCUGCAGUACUGCGCACGCGCAGAAUGUGGCCGCGGGGCGGGACCUGGGGGGGCUUGUGGGUUCUCCUCCCCUUCCUAGUGACAACUGCCCCAACUGCUCUUCCCGUCCCGGUCACAGUGAAAAUCUAGACGGGGUCGUUGUCUGUACGACUGUGCGCCAGGGCUCGGGGAGGGGCGCCCUCCGCGUGAGCGCCCCCCUGGGAAUAUUGAACAUAAUCACCUCUCAUUCCGGACUAUGUUAGGUCUUAAUGGUGGGAGGACGCCCGAGUGCCCCGCCCGUUUCACGUCGAGGGGGCGGGACACUGGGUCAUGACGCCAUCAGAGGGCGCCAGAGCAAGGACCGGACGCGAGUUGGAGAUGCUGGACUCGCUGUUGGCCUUGGGCGGCCUGGUGCUGCUUCGGGAUUCCGUGGAGUGGGAGGGGCGCAGUCUCUUGAAGGCGCUUGUCAAGAAAUCUGCACUGUGUGGGGAGCAAGUGCAUAUCCUGGGCUGUGAAGUGAGCGAGGAAGAGUUUCGUGAAGGUUUUGACUCUGAUAUCAACAAUCGGCUGGUUUACCAUGACUUCUUCAGAGACCCUCUUAACUGGUCAAAAACUGAGGAUGCCUUUCCUGGGGGGCCGCUGGGAGCCUUGAGAGCCAUGUGCAAGAGGACAGAUCCUGUUCCUGUCACCAUUGCUCUCGAUUCACUCAGCUGGCUGCUACUUCGCCUUCCCUGCACCACACUCUGCCAGGCCCUACAUGCUGUGAGCCAUCAGGACUCCUGUCCUGGUGACAGCUCCCCAGUGGGGAAAGUGAGUGUGCUGGGCUUGCUACAUGAAGAGCUUCAUGGACCAGGCCCUGUGGGAGCUCUCAGCAGCCUUGCUCAGACUGAGGUGACCCUGGGCGGUACCAUGGGCCAGGCCUCGGCCCACAUCCUGUGUCAGAGGCCCCGACAGCGCCCAACUCACCAGACUCAGUGGUUCUCCAUCCUUCCGGACUUCAGCCUGCAUCUCCAAGAGGGGCCCUCUGUAGAGUCCCAGCCCUACUCCGAUCCUCAUAUACCCCCGGUGGAUCCCACAACUCAUUUGACCUUUAACCUUCACCUGUCCAAGAAAGAGAAAGAAGCCAGAGAUAGCCUGACCCUGCCCUUCCAGUUCAGCUCUGAAAAACAGCAGGCUCUCCUGCGGCCUAGGCCAGGCCAGGCUACCAGCCACAUCUUCUAUGAGCCAGAUGCUUACGAUGACCUGGACCAAGAAGACCCAGAUGACGACCUGGAUAUUUGACUGGCCAGAUUUGAUUAGAUUGUAAUUGGAGGGGGCGAGGGAUGGCUUUGGACCCAGAACCAUCUUUCUGUUGUUUGUGUUAGCCUUACCCUGUCCCUGUCCCACCUUGGUUCCCCUUGUCUAUGGAGCCCCGCCUUGUGAGCCAGUAAGCAGCAUCUCAUCAGGACAGAAGGUAGGAUGAAGACAUGGGGUAAUGUGAGAGAGUAGAACCGGACCUAAUAAAAUCUUUAUUUUUUUAUUAAAAAAGAA